AAAAAUUAACUGUACAAAUUGUUCAACACCAAUCUAGAAAACUCAAGAAAAUUGAAACAAAUCACAAAUUAUCCAUAAAUAACAUGAUUAAUUGAAAACUUCUUCUUUUCAAUUAAGUUUCUUCACUCUCCACUCGAUAACACAACUUCAUUCUACACAACUAGAAAGAAAAAAUUAGACAUGUCUCCACAAACAUAAAUAAGAUUAGUUGUUUAGAAUAUUAAAUAUAUCGAGAAAAUUAAUUAUAUGGGUGUGGGCGGGUACCCAUGGGUCGGGUUUACCUAAACCAAAACCCAACAUGAUGAAUAGUGAACGGGUUUAAACCCAAACCCGGCCCAAAACCUUAACAUGGAUUUUACCCGCGUUGACCGAGUUGGGUCGGAUGGGUACCCAUGAAUUCGGGUUUUGUUGCCAUCCCUACCCAUGAUUGAUGCCCUAUCUUUUGUGUUUGGCUUUCGAUCAUAGAACAAGCCUCUGGAAGCCGAAAUGGGUAAAUGCUCUGUAAUCCAUAUACCUCGGUUGCUUUAUCUCUUAUAAGAUAUAAAGGUUUUGGCAACUCCUUAACUGUAGGAAUCAAGAACCAGCCUUCAAGAAGGCGCGCCUAGGCGCACGCCUAAGCUUGAAAAGGCGCAAGGCGCUGGUUGAACGCCAUGCUUUGGCUAAAAGCGCUGAAGAAAGCGCUAACUGCGCCUAACAGCUAUUAAUCACCGCCUAAUAGGAGAGAAAAAGGGCCUAGGCGUGAUUAAUUGGGCCUUAGCGUGGUCAUCAUUCCUGGAUUUCAAGAUGCUGCGUUUAGUUUCCCCCAUCAAUCAUCUUCCUCUUCAGAAUUGAUCGACGCCAAAAAGCCAAUUAUCUCUUCGUCUUCCUCCACCCGUCGACUCUAGAUUAGAGACGAAAAUCCCUAGCUGCUGCGAGCUGCUCGUUCCUUCUCCUUCUUGCCGCUCGGCCUCAUGUGGGAGAAGCUCACUGCUCAAACGCGGCAAGGAGAAGCUCCUCCGGUCGUCUCUCACCUCUCUCCGCCGCCGCCCAGAGAAGCUCAUCGGUCGCCUCUUUUCUGUUCUAAAGAUCAGACUUCGGACACCAGCUGUCCGGAGAAGUUCAUAGCUCGGCUUCCCCUGUUCUUUAAGUUCCUCUGUUCUGAACUUUCCUGUGUUCUGCUAUGUUCUCUUGAAAAGUUCGUUGGAGGUGGGUAAACCAAAAGUCCAAAAUACACCUGAAUGGAACCGGGUCUUUGUUGUUGUUAAAAUGGAAGAUCUCCCCACCAUAUUGAUUUGAGUACGGGUAUUGGGCAGCAGCUGGUUAAUUCUAAUUGUUUGUCUUUCUUUUGCACGUCGUUAGUGAUAAUUAUGUAAUGGGUAUGGACAUGGACAUGGUUCUUUCAAGUUUAAUAAUUAUUAAUUAAUGAUGAAGAAUGCAAUCGGUGUGGAAUCGGAAUCCAGUUUAAUAAUUCGUUAGUGCUUUGCAAGAUGACAACAGAUAAUGCUUUACAAUUUGGAUUCUAGUAGUAAUUUGUGGUUUUGGGACUACUGGUCUCAGUGGUAUGUUUAGAAUAUUUAGUUUUUAGUUGAUUGAUGGAUCCUUUCGUCAUUUGAAAUUUGAUUGUUAUUUGGUAUGUUAAGUGCUAUUGUUAAAUAUUAGAUGUUUCCAAUUAUAUAUGAACUUGGAUCAUAUGAAGUAUUCCAGAAAACAGGAAAUAUUUGAGCAUUUUUUCCAUUUUUGCUAUGAGCGCCUAGGCUACGAUUAAUAGGGCAAGGCACAAGUCAGGAGUCGAGCGCUCGCCUUACGCCUAGCGCCUUUUUGAACCUUGUCAAGAACCAAAGAGGGAUAUUGUGGUAUCGAUUAACUAUCUUACUAGUUGGGGUUGUUUUUGCCUUCACGGGCUUCUUUUAUGGUUCUGCUUUAUCAAGUUGUAGGUAACCAAAAACAGUGUGAUGACUGGAUUCUGGAAAGUUCGAUUCAAUGCAAGUCUUUUCUUGGUCAAUCUACUUGCGGAUUGGACCGGUCAAGCUGCUCAUUUAUGGUUUAUGACCAAACUUAGUACAAAAGUUGAGAGCUGAGGAAGGAUGGAGUAGAUAGAUAUAGGUAGAGAUAAUGGUGAUAGAGAACUAUCGACUGUUAUCUAUUUGAUGUUGGCUUUACAUACUGGGUAGCUAGGCAGCCAGCCAGCCAGCUUGUGACUGUUUAAAAUUUUCUCUGCCAAGAAAGUGAUGUAAACAUGUGAUUUCUCUCUUCCUUUUUCCCCUUUUCUAUCCGUGGUAUAGUUUGUAUUGUACAAAAGCACAUAAUUGUUUUGGGAGGAAACAUUGAACACAUUUUUGGACAUAUUCUCAUCAACUCGGGGGAAAGGGGUAUCUUCCCUUCUACCUCCCAAAAAAUGUUCAGAGGACCACUGAGAGAAAGCCAAUUUAGAUUCUGGGGUUGUACUAAUCAGGGGGGGUUGAUACUUGAUAGCCCAGCAGAAGUGUGGAUUUAUUGCAUGUCCUCUCUCUCUCUCUGUGUUGUGUUUGUUUCUUUGGCUUUUCAGAUUACCCAGUUGAGAAUCGAUCAUGGUCAUGAUAAUCAUUGCUCACUGCGCUGACUGAGAAUGGCAGCAGGGGGGAAACCUGAGGCAGAGAUAUUACAGAAGAGAGAAAAAGCCACUGACAGUAGAAAGAUGGCGAGUAAAAAGUUAUCAUGUCUAUGCAUGUAAAUUUGGAAGAGCAUAGAUAAAGACAGUGCAGUGCAGUGCAUUGCAGUGAAUCUAUCAUCUUAGGAACGAGUCCUCUACGCCAAUCUCCCCAUGUAUGUAUGUAUGUAUGUAUUCAUAACUCUUCUAUACGUACAAAAUGGAGUCAUUCAUUCAUUCAUUUCAGGGGUGGUGUAGUGGAAUGGAUUAUGGAAAGAGUACAAUCAAUUAAUAACUGUUGUUAUUGCAGCAUUGCAGGCUGAAUUGGUGAUGAUGGUCUACAAUGGUGGCCUUCUUAUCAGUUCUUUCUCAUUAUGACCCCCUUGGCUCCUAGACCUCCUAGACCUAGAGUUAAUGAAAGGGAGGGGUCCUGGCUGCAGCUGCCCCCUUUUUUCUUUCUCCAGUCAAAUAUUAAAUGAGGAAGGAACAUUAUUAGUGGAUUGGAUUGGAUUGAGUAGAAUGCUCCUAAUCUCUAAAGGUCAGAACUACACUGUUUUGUGAUUGUGAGUUCCCAUUUGGAUUGGGGAUUUGUUUGUGGGUUUUCUGCACGAUCCUACGUAAUGUGGGAUUUUGUGGUGAAGUGGGGCUCGUCAGCAUCACCUGGAGGGAGAGGCCUGAAGACCUAUGAGGAUAUUGGUUUCUCGAAAACUCGUCGUUAAGUCUUAAAGACAGAAACAGACAGUGUAGGAGUUGCUCGACCGAAAGGAUAGAAAAGGAACAGAUCUGGUCAAGAACAUUCAUAAUGUGAGCUUGAAAGGUAAGCAAAGGUGGAAAUAGAUCUGGUCAGUAACAUACUUGGCAUGGCUGAAAGUUUGGUAUAGGCAUUUGAGAAAUAUCGAAUAUCGUACCGAAUUUGUCUAUAUUUGGUAUUACCGAAUACACGUAUUAUUUCGUG